AUGUCAUCGGGAAACUCAGACGACGACACUUCCAGAAUGAAAUUAGUGGCAGAAAAGAUAAAGGGGAAGAAGAAGAGGAGGGCUAUAGCCAGGGAAUCCGAUAAGGGGUCAUUCUUGAAAAGGUCGAAAACCCACACUUCUCCUGACAAGGAGAUUGAAGAAACAACACAGACCGAGGAGACUAUUCCCCCUGCAACCGAGAAGGAGGCGCGUGCAGAGAAAGAGACCGGACCAAGCACUCGACCAAGUUUCGUCAAGAAGGUAAAAAGACCUACCGAGGGGAAUGUAACCAUCCUCCAACCGAGGGCCCUGCCGCCUCAUUUUACACCCCUGACAAUCCUCCUACCAUCGAGUGCCUUGUGCUGGAAGAGUUUGCUGCCAGGGCUGACUGAGGCAGAUGGAUUAAAAUUGAUGACCGUAGUCAUGAUGAACCACGCCAAGAGGUCCAGGGACCUAAGGCGAGAACUAGAAGAAGCCCAAGCUGAGAGAGAUCCAGUGGUUACCGAGAAGUGGGCUCUCAAGGAAAGGAAUCAACAGCUGCAGGCCAAGGAAGCAGAGCUCGCUUCGGGUCUCUGUAAACUAUCCAUAGACCAGCUACCCCUGUGGGAGCCCUUAUGUGAGGCUCUAUCCAAGAUGAGCUCGCCUGAGUGCAUUACCUCAUUUCCUGGAGACGUGGCUCCUGUAUUCUCUAGAGGUCGUGGCGAGGAGUUGGCGAUACCUGAAGUCUUCGACGAGGAUUUUGGAAUUGAUCUCGAGGAAGACGAAGAUGAGACUACUGAGGAGGAUGACACGGGCAAUUCUGGUGCCAAGGACUGA